AUGCAUGCCGAGUCUGUCUGCUGGUCCUCCGUCGCUGCCAGUCGAGCGAGAGGUUGCGAAGCAAGGUUGGUGGUUAUGCGACACACGAGGGCCGAUUGCCAAGUGGCAAGCCGUGACGCAUCCUCGACGCCAAAGAUGCGAGUCUUUGGCCUCUCGUCGCCAUUCUGCUGCUUCUCGGUCCAUCCGAACUGCUCCGCCUUGCGUGCGCCAGCGCGUCCACCACUUCGUCGUUUGAGCGGUGCUACUGCUGACUGCCGUACAUGCCCGCGUCUCAUGGGCGUUGAAUGCAACGCAACCGCACCAUCUGGGGGCCUUGGUCCGCAGCAUCGGCCGAUGCCUGCCCGCCAGCAGCCGCCAGCAAACCAGCAAACGUGCAAACGUGCCGACGUGCAAACGUGCCAACGUGCCCGAGAUGCCGCGGCCAUUGGCCAAUGCCUGGCCAGCUGGGUAGUAUUUCGAGACUGA